AUGAGUCUCCCAUUGUCUUCCGACGACAAGAAGCGCUACACCGCCCUCAUUGAUGACAUCCUCUCCACCGCCGACCUCGAGACCAUCUCGCGCAAAAAGGUCCGCCAGGCCUUGGAGGCUGCUCUGGGCGGCAAGGACUUGAAGGAACGCUUCGAUGCCGUCUCUGGCGCUGAUGCCGGAGAUGCUCCUCCCUCACCUCUGCCCGACGCAUCCAGCAACAAGCGGCCAGCCGCCAAUGGCACCUCUGACUACGACGAUGCCUCCGCCUCUCCCGAGCCGGCCAAGAAGAAGGCCAAGCGGUCCUCGUCCAUAGAAGAUGCCGACGCCCGCCUGGCUGCUCAGCUCCAGGCGCAGGAAAACAGACUGGCAAGGAGCCGCACCACCCGCGGCGGAGGUGACAAGGCGCGGAUGGCAAAGAAGAAGAAGGCUCCCCGCAAGAAGAGCGCCAAGAAGGUCGGAGAUGAUGACGACAGCGAGGUUGAUGCCAGCGGAGACUCUGCCAAGAAGCGUAAAGCCGGCGGUGGUUUCCAGAAGCCCUUCAACUUGAGCCCUACCUUGUCAGAACUAUGUGGUGAAACUCAGCUUUCCCGUCCUCAAGUCGUCAAGAAGCUAUGGGAGCACAUCAAGGCAAAUGACCUUCAAGAUCCCAAAGACAAGCGCCAGAUUCGCUGUGACGAGAAGAUGAUGGCCGUGUUCAAGCAGGCCAAGGUUGACAUGUUCCGGAUGAAUAAGGAUAUUGGAAGCCAUCUCUACCCCGUUGGAGAGGAGUAA